AUGACGGAUAGCGACAAGAAUACUAUCAAUGUUAUAGACUCAGACGUACAGGCCAUUCAUUUUCGACCUGUAUCAUUCAUCCCCCACGACCCUGAGGUCUGGUUUGCUGCAUUAGAGUCUCAGUUCGAGACUCGUCGCAUCACGAGCCAAAGGCAAAAAUACGCCUACGCUCUCGAAUCAUUACCCGGGGACCAUUUAGUAGCUGUUCGUGAGGCUGUCCUCAAUUCUAACGUGCCUAAUGUUUAUGACCGCCUCAAAGAGGCAAUUCUCCGUUAUUUCCUCCCAUCGAGGGAGGAACGAUUGAGGACACUGUUUGCACGUCACCCCCUGGGUGAUGCUAAACCAAGCCAUCACCUCACGCGCCUGAAAUCUCUUGCAGGACCAACAGCAUCUGACUCGGAGAUAGUUAAGGAAUUAUGGCUCGAGUCACUUCCAGUGCAUAUCCAACCCACUGUGACGGCACUGCUCGAGGACUCACCGCUUAACCAGGUAGCCCUCAUAGCAGAUAAAAUUUUAGCGAGGACUAGCAAUAAAAAUACCUAUGUAGUUGCUUCGACGGCACGUCCUAAAGUAGACUUGGACGCCGGUCAUUCCUCAGCUCAUGGUGACAGGGCCGGGUGUAUCCACACACGUCUUAGUUUUCGAGACCGUUGUAACGUACCCCAACCCUACGUCCCCCGAGCUCGCUCAAGUUCUCGCAAACCCGUCAGCAGUCGCCCAAAAAGGGCAUCUUCCAGGCCACGCCGAAAUGCGGCUACGGAAGCGAGUGACAGUUGGUGCUGGUUCCAUAGGUCCUUCGGGUCUGGCGCCCGCCGUUGUCGAGCACCAUGCUCAUACAAGGCGGGAAACGCCAGCGCCGGCGAGUAAAAGCGGC